GACAACCUUGCCUUUGAAUACUGCCGCAUGAUGCUCUUUGAAGAAGCAUUGCUCCUCUACGAUGAAGUCGACACAACUAUGAACGAGUUGGAGGUGAUUGCCGAUGGGUUUGGGGCGUGUCCCUGGUUGCCUACCAACAUACUAGAGAUGGCCGACAAGCCCUCGGCGUCAUUCGACUCGCCAGAAUGCAGAGCCGCUAUAGCCAACGGGACUAUGUCUG